AUGAGCGAGCUCAAACUGAGGCUAAGCGAUUUAAACAAAUUGCUAAAUGAUUCUGAAAAGAAUGAAAAAGAAAAAGAAAAAGAAAAAGAAAAAGAAAAAGAAAAAGAAAAAGAAAAAGGAUUCCAAGAACUUAAUGUUCCAAAAGAAGUUAUAAACAGUUUAAAACAAAUGAAUAUUAUAUACCCAUCGUCAAUACAAUAUAUAACUAUAAAAGAAGCAAUUCAAAAACAGGACUUAAUAAUACAAUCUAAAAAUGGAACAGGGAAAAGUACAUCUAUAUGCAUAAUAUUGAUAUCCCAUAUAAUAAAAAGAAUACAUAAAAAUAUAGCAAAAAAAAAAUUCCAAUAUUUUUUAAAUAAUGAUAAAGACAAAAAUUGUUAUGAAAAUAUAAAAAAUGAAAACAUAAUGAAUAAUAAUUUAGGAAUAAGCACAAAUGAUAAUUAUUGUGAAAAUAUAUUUUUAUUUUCUCUCUAUUUUUAUGGAGUUGUUUUAGUUCCUACAAGGGAAUUGUGUGUGCAAAUAAAUGACGUGAUUAACAAAAUUUCAGAAAAUUUAAUUAUAAAAAAAAGUAAACAAUUAAAUUCUAUAAACGAAUUUGAGGAAGCAAAUAUUAUAGACAAUCAUCUGGAAAACAAUUAUAUUUUAAAAAUAAAAUCUAUAAUUCUUUACGGAGGAACUGAUGUAUAUGACAAUAUAAAAAAGCUGUUUUUAACAUUUCCUCAAAUUAUUAUUUCAACUCCGGGUAGAUUAAAACAUAUUUUAAGGAUUUUUCAAAACACUAAUAUUGAAUUGGAUAAUAUAUUUUUUUUUCAAAAAUUAAAUUCUAACAAAAUAAAAAUAUCUUAUUUAAAAAUAGUGAAUCUUUUAUUAAAAAAACUAAUUAUAGAUGAAGUAGAUGCAUUGUUAGAUGAACAAUUUAAAGAUCAAAUGAAUAUUAUCUUUAAUUUAUUAAUAAAUCCAAAUGUUCAGAUAUUAGCUUAUAGUUCUACAUUUAGAGAAAUUACAAUUGACACUUUUAAAAGGAUGGUAACAUCUAUAGAUAUUAGUUAUAUUGAUAAAAUGAAAAAUUUAUAUAAUCAAACUAGCGAACUAAUUAAGAAUAAGCACGAUUCGAUUAAAAACAAUCCAGUUUUAGCUAGCGAAGAAAAUAAUAAAAAUGUACUAAAAAAUUAUACAAGUGUAGAGAUAGACAACUCAUAUUCCAAACAAACCUUUCAAAAUAAUAAUAUUAAACAAAAUUUAGAUGACAAAAGUUGUGAAGGUAAUAUACUAACUAAACAAUGCAUUAAAACAGCGAUUAAAAAAAAAAAAAAAAAAAAAAAAAAAAAAAAUAUAAAUAUAAAUAUAAAAGAAAUAGAAAAAAACAUACUAAAUCAACAAAAUUUAAAAUAUUUUAUUAUUGAAAAAAUGAAAAAAGAAAAAGAAAAAAUAGAUAUAUAUUCUUCAAGAAAGAGACAAUUCAAAAUAUGUCAAACAUGUACAUCAGUAAUUUUAAUUCAAGAAAAUGAAACAAACAAGAUUUCCAAAUUAGAUUCACCAAUAUUAAUGAAUAUAAAACAUUGCUUCAUUACUAUUAACAAUGAAAAUAUGAACAAACAUGAAGAAUUAAAAUAUAAAUUAAAAGUAUUACAUAAAAUAAUAAAAGAAAUAAAAUUUGAACAAUGCUUUCUUUUUAUAAAUAAUGCUUAUGAAGGUUUACAAAUAACUAAAAUGAUGAAAAAAUAUAAUAUAGAUUGUUAUUAUACAAGUUCUAAAGUUGAGCAUAAUGAGAGAAUACAAAGUUUUAAUAAAUUAAAAAAAAAUACAAUGAAAAUUGUUAUAUGUACUGAUGUUAUGAGUCGAGGAAUAGAUAAUAUUGUUUGCGAUCUUGUUAUUAACUUUGAUAUACCACAUAGUAAAGAAAUAUAUAUUCAUAGAUCAGGAAGAUGCGGACGAUAUGGAAAUAAAGGCCUUUGCAUAAGCUUGUGUAAUUAUACUGAUUAUAAUUAUUUAUAUUAUUUUAAAUAUACUCUAAAAUUAAAUGUAUAUGAUUUUUAUUACUUAUCAUCUUCUCAAAAUUCAACAAAAUGUUUCCUUACAAAUGUAGCUAACAACCAAAUUGACAAUAAACUAACUUGCACAUAUACAUCCAAACAAGUUUGUAAUUAUAUUAACAAUAAAAUAGAUUCAUAUAAAGAUAAAACAAUUUGUAAUACAUUUCCUAUAAAUAAUAGUGAUGACUCUGAAUGGAGUGCAUUUAACUUUUAUUCAAAUUCGGAUAUUUUAAAAAAUAUAAUUGGAGAAAAUGAUUUUAAUAAAGUAGACAAAACAGAAAGAAACAAACUGGAUGAAAAAGAAUAUAAAGAAAAAAAUUUUGUUAAAAUAAUUAUAAAAGGAUUUUACUCAAAAUUUAUUAACACUUUAAAAAAUUUCAAUAUAAGAGAUGAAAAUAUAUAUUUAAAAAUAUACUUUAAAAAAUUAUUAACAAAAUUUAAAAUAAUAAAAAAUGAGAUUAGUUACUUUUUUUAUUUUCCAAAUGAUAACAUACAUUUUUUUAAAAGUAUAAAUAUAAUUGAACAUAAAUCCAAUUUAAUAUUAUAUUUUACUUUUAAAAAAAAAAUAAAAAUAUAUUAUACAACCUACUUGGAUAGAUUAAAAGCAAUGACCAAUAUGAAAGAAAAAAAAUAUCGUUAUACAAACUUUUGUAUGCUCUUUUUUUGCAAUUCAAAUAGCUAUAUGGUCUUGAAAAUUUAUUAUACCUUUCUUUUCUUUUUUAAACAUUAUCAAUAUCCUCUUAAGGAUUCGCUUGCUUCGAUGCCAUUUAUGUGUGCAAAUAUAAAGAAAAUAAAAAAUAAAAAAAACAAACAAAUUGAAACAAACAAACUUAUGAACAAAGAAGAAACCAACUUUGAGCGAUUUAACUACUCAUCAGACAGCUUUUUGCUUCUUUAUGAUGAAAUUAGUAAAUGGGAUAAAAAAGAAAAACAAUUUUUUGAUCAUAAAAGUGGGUAUAAUAGUGAUAAAAAUUAUGACAAUGAUGGAAUUAUUUGCAUGAACAAGCAAGGUAAAAUAAUAGCAAAAGGGAAUGAAUAUGAUAUUAGGUUUUUUUUACAAUUUAUAUUUUCUUCAAACAAAAAAAAAAAACGAAAAUAUAUUAUUACAGAUAUGGAGAAAAAUAUAAAUGAUAAAGAAUAUUCUUCAGAUAAUAUUGAUUAUAAUAUUUUGAACAAAACAGAAAAUGUAGCAUUCAAUACGUUACUAUUUGAGGAUGUUCUUAAUAUUGUAAAUAUUAGUAAAUAUGAAAAAAAACGGUUAGCUUAUUUUUCAUCUCAAUGUAAUAAAAUACAAUGUGUAAAUAAUGAAAAAAAAAUAAUUGCAAACUUAAAUAGAUUGAUAAAUUUUCAAAUAUUUCUCAACCUAAAUUAUAACGAAAAUUCGAAUUUAUUGAAAAGUGUUUUUUUGCAAAAUCAUAUGCAAUUGUGCAAAGGUUUUUAA